AGUCGGCCAGUUGCCGAGAGACAGUCGCGGUGGGAGGUUGCGUUGCGCCACUCAGUUGUGUAUAUCGAUUUGCGACCUCCACCUUUUUCUUGCGUCGGACCAUUUCGUGAGUGACUAUUAAACGCGUCACGCGGGGACACACUCGUCAGUGCUCGUCGCGCGGUGGCAGAUGCUGCGGUCGUCCCGCGUUAGCGCUACUUGACACGCAGUGAGCUACGCCUCGCUGACCGCUGCGCGGCUACCGCCGAGUCCACUACACUGCAACGCUGGAGGAAGAAGCGGCCGCGACCCACUAGGCGCAUGUGAGGCUGCUUGCGGGCCCUGCCGCCGCUAUGAGCUGUUUUUAAGGCGACGGCAUGCCCCGCUGCGACCGCCGAGCGUGGGCGAGCGCUCCCGCGCUAUGCCUGCUUCUCCUGCUGCCGGUGUCUGCCCAGACGUCGACCGCAGCUGCCACGCUAUCGCCUGCUGCCCCGACGACGCAGCACGUCUCCGUGACGGGAGGCAAAUGCAUGACAGGCCUGGACUUCCACGGUUACACCGUCCCCAAAGGCCGGAUAGUUGUCGAGUACGGCAGCUCUCUGGAGAUUUACUGCUUCAUCGAUCCUCAUUUCGUGGCCACCAAAGGGCGCAACGCCAGCGACAUUAGGUUCUACCGCAAUGCCACACCGCUACCCCAGGAGUACAUCCAAGUUCUCAAUGCCACCACGGCGAGACUGCUCGAGCCUCAUCCCGAAGUUUCGUCCAGCAAGUAUUACUGUAGGCUGCACCAGGGAGGCAAGAAACAGAGCUUACUGUGCCUCAACGAGGUGGUCGUCGCGUAUAAACCACAGCCUGUUGACAAGUUCUCGUGCCUGUCCUGGAACUGGGAGAGUCUGAACUGCACAUGGACGGCACCCGAAAACCCGCUGAGGACGCGUUACAAAAUAAUGUACGCCCUAUUCGGCCGUGGGACACGCUGGGUGUACAAAUGUCCACAAGAGACUGAGGACAGCGGAUACUGUUAUUGGGACACACGAACCGACCCGAUGUUCAGACCGACGCAUCAGUACAUCGCUUUUAUGUUCACAGGAAGCAAUGAUCUCGGAAAUGUGACAUUUCCUCGGAUAAAAUUCCACGUAUUUGCUCACGUCUUGCCCGCCAAGCCCCUGUACCUCGUCUCCGAGGAUAUAACUACAAACAGUGCGCUUCUGCAGUGGGAUAUCGCGAUGAACAUGAAGAAGUUCCCACCCGGCCUCGAUCGCAAGAUAAAGUACAAGUCCGUGUGCGACCCGUCUGACGCCUGGGAGACAGCUGAUACGUCACAGCUGGAGAAGAUGAGCACCAACUACACACUAACCGGACUGCGUUAUCCUAAUGCGCUGUACGACGUAAGACUGUACCUGAAGUCGCCCAUGGCCACCGGCGAUCACAUGUGGUCGGAACCUGCAUCACACACAUUCAAAACGCUGCCAACUGUGCCAUCUUUCCCUCCAAAGACCGACAGCGGCAGUUUUCAUAUCAUCGGAAGACUGAACCGACGAGACAUCAUCAUCUACUGGCAGCGCAUUCCCAGAUGCUCUGAGAAUGGAGACGACUUCUCGUACGAUGUUUCGUCUGUGGAGCAGAAUGGCAAGUUGGUGAAUAUCAAGCCGAACAAAAUUGGGAAAAGUUACGCCCAGUUCGAUCAGCUGACUACAGACAGCUACACCUUCAGGAUCGUGUCGACGAAUAAGGAGGGCCCUUCGGAGGAGAGUUCAGUUGUCCACGUGCCUUCCAAGCAGACACUUCCACCAACACCGACAGGCUUUACCAAAUACGUCAACGAGAAAGGUGUUAUUCAGCUGUCGUGGAAUCAUCCUUCAGAUAAAGAGUGGGCAGGAAUGAUCGACAGCUACACCGUGUUUUGGUGCCAAAAUGAUCGCGACGGACCCAAUCACUGCUCCGGUUUCUUGAACUGGACUCGUGUGUCUAAAGACGUACGAACCAUGAACAUUACAGUGCGCGAGGGUAAAGUUUACGAAUUCGCAAUAUCCUCGAAUACCAACACUUCGAGCAGCGGCAUGAUUUGGGCCACAUGUACAUUGAGACCUAACAGCGGGCUGGAAAAGGUGAAAGAAAUCGAGAUAAGUAGUGUGGGAUCCACGUAUAUUGAAGUACAUUUCGAGAUGGAGUGUCAGAAUCGGCUGCAGAAUGUGUCACAGUACAAUAUUUACUACUGCCCAAUAGUGUCGCCUCACAACGCGACGUGCAGGACAGAGGAGGAGGUUCUGAUAGUGCGCGGUCACAACGUGUCUGUACAGGCGAAUAUUACCAGUCUGCAGCCGUAUACUACUUACAUGAUUUACGUGGCGAGGGAGGCAAAUGGAAUAAUGAGUGAUGCGAGUAAUCCCAAGUACACUACAACACUGGAAGCGGCGCCCACCAUUCCGCUGGAUGUGACCGUGACGGGAGUAACAAAUGACUCCAUGACAGUGUCGUGGGUGCCUCCGCUGUCUAUGAAUGGUAAACUCAAUCAUUACGACGUCCUGUACAACCAUCAUCUCGUCGAGUUAGGGCCCGACGAAAAGGAAUCGGUGACUCUCAGGAACCUGAGCAGUUACACCGUGUACAAUGUGUAUGUGAGGGCGUGUACGAUGCCGCGCAGCUUGGAAUGCUCCAAUUAUACAGAGCCUGUCACGAAGCGAACCGAGAUAGGGCUGCCGGGUACGAUAGAGAGGCCCGUAGCGCACGUGCAGAACUUUUCUAGGAUCGUGUUCAAGUGGAAAGCGCCAGACCACGCUGGCGGGAAACUGGAUUACUACCAGGUGUGGGUACAGCCGUCCGACGACGCCAACGCGACCAGGGUGUACAACAUAACGGCGACGCAGGCCGCCAACAGGACGGCCGAUAUAAAGAUUCCAGAGUGCCGCGACCCUAACCGCAUCUAUCGGCUGGCCAUCAGGGCGGUGAACGUGAACGACCAACGGCCGAAGCGCUCAUUCUACGGGCCGUGGAGCGAAUGGGCCGAGGCGUACUGCAGCUCCGUCGACCCGAUCGAAAUGACGACUAUUAUAACGUGGUGCGUGGUAUCGGUCUCGAUACUAUUGUUCUUCAUCAUAGUGGGAUACCUGAUGUGGAAGCUCGUCGCGUGGUUCAAUGUGGCGCACAAGAUAGAGGUGAAGCUGCCGCCCGGACUGGCGCCGCUGACGAUCGACAAGGAGAAGGAGGACGGCUACCACAUGAACGUGCCGUGGCAGAUCUACAGCAUCCGCGACGCGGGCAAGGCCGGGGGGGACGCGAGAGGGGAGCCCGACUGCACUCUGCUGGGCAGCGGCGCGCAGCGCAGCCCCAGCGGGGACAGCAGCGGCUGCAGCUCGGACCGCGACUGCCCCUCGUCGUCGCUGACCACGGCCACGCGCGUCUCCUCCGCCACCGACUCCGGCGCCGAAGCGGACGGCGAGCGCUGCCGCCAGACGCGGCCGCUCUCCUGCCUCUUCUCGUCCGACUACCCCGGCGCCAAGGCCGCCCCCGCCGCCGCCUCCUGGAGCACCCCCGACCUGACGGCAGCGCUCGCCGGCGCCUGUCUCGCCCCCGCCCCCGCGGUGGCGGCGUCCGCUCUGGGCGGCAGCGCGCGCGACGUGCCUUCCGGGGGCGGCGAGCCCUACUGCCGCGCCGGCUACCUGCCCAGCCCCCCGCCGCCGCCACCGCUCGCCGCCUCCAGGGGCUACGUGAGCGUCGCCAGCAUAUCCACCGCCCCCAAGCAGCCGCCGCCGCUCGCCGGCAGCGGCAGUGUCGACGACUGGCUCAGCGCCCUCGAGGCGGCGGAGGUGGUCGGCUCGAAGCAACAACCCCUCGGUGCCGAAGUCGACAAGGCUGCGGCUGGCGGCGGGUACGUAUCGCUGCCGUUCGCGUCCGGCGUCGCGACUGCCGCCCCCGCCGCCUCCGUCCCGGGCUACGUGACGCUCGCCAGCCUCCCGGCGCGAGGCGACGAUCCGCCUCCACCGGCGCCGCCCCCGGCGCAGGAAGACGUGCCGCCGUUCAUCCGGCAGAGAAUGGCCGACAUGAGGGCGCUACGACGGCGCAGGAGGGCAGACCAGCGACCGGAGGCGGCGUCGGACCCGGGAAUAAUCAUCCCCGCCAAGGACGUGGAGGCCGACGUGCCCGCCUACUACGCGCCCGAGACUGAGGCCGCCCCCGACUACGUCAAGCUGUCCUACGUGCAGUGCCGGCCGGAUUCGCACUCUGUGGACAGCGGGACGGCCAACUCUGAGGACUCGUCAGACGAGCGGCCGCAAUCACCACCUGUCAGCCUGUCGGAAACCGCGCAGACGCGGGAGGCGCCCUCGCUACUCAUGUCCUUCCGCUGACGCAGACAGCACCUCUAGACGUUCCAUCCCCCUCACCACUCCACUCACGAACGUUGAUAUUUUGUAUAAGCACUUUUAUAAAGGAGAUCUGUUUGUGAAAUGUUGUUGUUGUUAUUGUUGUCCAAGUGUUUGCUCAGAUUGAGCAUUAUACCACUAAUGUGGCCCCGGUGAAACCGUUGUGCGUGUGUGUGUUUUUGUGUGCUUGUGGUGACUACGGCUGUUAAUUUUGUGGCGAAUAAAUAUUUCGUAAUAGCUCCUCCUGAAACAAUAUCAUUUCGUUGUUCACGUCGGAUUAAUGUGUUUUCCAGUUGACUCGCUUCUCGGGCUGUGUGUAGCAGAAAGGUAUGAAGCCUUCGUUUCCCCCUGAGUGUUUCAUGUGUUUUCAUUGCAUCUGUAAUUUGUGUGUGUGUGCGUGUGCGAGAGAGAGAGAGAGAGAGAGAGAGAGAGAGAAAAGCAGGUACAAUUCUAUGUGUAAUGACGAGAGGAAUGUAUAUUUUAUUACAAAUUGCUGUUCAGACUCAUUUAUAUCUUUUCAUACAGGUAUUGAGUAUCUGCUGUCUGUCCAAGGAUGGGUAAAAGUAUGGACUGUGAUAAAAUCGGUAGUUAACUUUCCUGCAGUAAUUUUUCUAGCGAUAAGAAAACAUCCAUUUUCUUUCGUUGAAUUAACUUUUUUGAGUCUUCCAUCUGUAGUUGAAUUCCUUAAGGUUCCAUUGCCCCAGGUUUAGCUUCUGUGCAUAUGUUUUAUGCUUUUCUGGAAAAUGCUGAUGAAUUGUGUUUAUUAAAUUAUACAACAAGUCAUCACAUUACUGAAUCUGUUAGCCUUUUAUAAGAGUAAGACCCUAAGUACCUUCAAGUGUUGAUGAAAGCAUUUAGUGACUGCAGCUGUAUGUAAAAGGUUCCCCCCCCCCCCCCCCCCCCCAAGUUGUUUUGCUGUGUACAGGCCAUGCAAACAGCAUCUUACAACAUAUAUUGCAGCAGAAUGUAAGGAAAGGAAAGAAAGUACCUGCAAUGACAGCUCUUUGUAGUAAUUACAAAUUCAUUAUGGACAUAAUUGCAGAAGCUGCUCAUUAGAUAUUCCAUUAUCUUUCACUCCUUCACAUGUCUGCUCACUCAAGUACUUUGUAAGUCUCGAGCUGCAUGAGAUCACAUCUGUUGUUCGUAUGUGUACCUUCUAGUGUUGAUAACUGUUUUGUUUGUGUUCCUGUACUGCUUGCCAUGAUAUUUUGUGCUGUUUAGCCCUCACUAUUUAUGAGAAACCAUUUCUAAUAUGAUAGUAAAAACAUAUAAUAUUUAUAAAUGUGCCAAAAAUUCUUGUUAGUGUCAAUGUUGUAAACUCCUUCACCUUUCAGUUUCCAUUAUUAUGUUAUUCAAAGCAAAGUUUGCAUCAUAAAAUAAACUACUGUUUCUUGAAA